UGUGUGAAGGUGUGGCAGUGCGGGGGUCAGCUGGAGAUCAUUCCCUGCUCGGUGGUGGGCCACGUUUUCCGCACCAAAAGUCCGCACACCUUCCCCAAGGGCACCGAGGUCAUCACUCGCAACCAGGUGCGCCUGGCCGAAGUCUGGAUGGAUGAUUUCAAGAAGAUCUUCUAUCGGCGCAACAAAAACGCUGCAGUGAUGGCCAGUGAGAAUAAAUAUGGAGACAUCUCUGAUCGCCUCAACCUGAGGAACAGGCUUCACUGCAAGAACUUCACCUGGUACUUGAACACCAUCUACCCAGAAAUCUUCAUUCCUGACCUAAAGCCAGAAAAAUUCGGAUCAAUCAGAAACUCUGGAUCUAAAACCUGCCUGGAUGUUGGCGAGAACAACCAGGGGGGUAAAGCUGUGAUCAUGUACCCGUGUCACAACAUGGGAGGAAACCAGUACUUUGAGUAUUCGUCCCACAAAGAGCUGCGUCACAACAUCGGGAAGCAGCUGUGUCUCCAUGCCAACGAUCAGUCAGAGCCAGUGAAGAUAGAGUUGUGCAAGCUGAAGGGGAGGGGGACCAGUUUGUCACCUCAGCAGGAAUGGGUCUUUACAGAGGAAAGUCUUCUGAAGAAUCCCAGCAGUGGGAGGUGCCUACAGCUGAGAGGGGGUCAGGUUCAGAUGGACCACUGUAAUGCUGCAGAUCCCUUCCAGCAAUGGAGUUUCUCUUGACCCCUCAGUCUGCCCAUUAGGUGACCUCUGGUCCCCUCCCUGUUAUCAGACUCAGCAGCUCAGAGCUGAAGCAUUGCAGAUCCAAACGGACAUGCUGGAAAGCUUUGGGCAAGUGGCCAUACUGGUGACCAGGAAAAGAUGGAGGACAAUACAGAGACGAUGCCUGGCUUAGGAAAAAACACAGAAAACCCUCAAUUGGGUAUAACUAUUUUUAUUUUAUUUAUGGAUGACACUCAGGAAACUCUUCUUACUGUGGUUUGGGGAUCUUUGGACAUGUGUGAACUUUGCAUUUAGCAGUGGCAGCUUUAAAAAGGCUCCGAACUGCAAUGACUUUAAUUCGCUUGUUUUACACUCUAAUAUGAAAAAAAAAAAA